AUGUCCUCCAUCGCUGCCCGCUCAGCCUUCCGCGCUGCCCCGCGCCUCCGCGCCGCCGCUCCUGCCCGCCGCUGGGCCAGCACCGCCCCCUCUGACUCCGGACACGCCGAGAGGCAGGCCGGCAAGGACGCCCUCAAGACCGGAGCGAAGCGCGACCCCGAGCUCUAUGUGCUCCUGGCCAUCAUGAGCGGUGUCUUCGGACUCGCAGGCUGGCACUUCUCCCGCUCGCCCACCAGCGCCUCGUCCGAGCGAACCGUGUCCAAGGCCGAGCACAGCGAGCCCUGGAAGCAGGGUGGCUCCAGCCCAUACCAGUACCACCCCGGCGGUGAUACCAGCGUGAAGAAGGAUGCUCCUUCGGCCCUCAACGUGGUCGUGAUCCCCAACGUUACGCUCCCCAAGGAGCUGCACGACACAUACAACAAGUGGGGCAAGGACGGCUACUAG